CACUGCGCGCCUUCAGCCCCGGCCCCUUGGCGGAGGUCUUCUAAACCGGCGGGAAGAAGCAAGAUGGCGGCGCUGGGAGGGAAGUAGUUGAGUUAGUCGCAUGGUGGAAAAUAGAAGCAAAACUGUGCGCGAAGGAUGCCUGGCAGGGUUUGCUGCUGUUGUGCCGCUUUGCGCCCCCGUUAUAAGCGCCUGGUGGAUAACAUAUUCCCCGAAGACCCCAAAGAUGGCCUUGUCAAAGCCGACAUGGAGAAGCUGACCUUCUAUGCGGUCUCUGCUCCAGAGAAACUUGACCGAAUUGGCGCCUAUUUAGCUGAAAGGCUGAGCCGGGAUGUUGUCAGGCACCGCUAUGGGUAUGUCUUCAUUGCCAUGGAAGCCCUGGAUCAGCUCCUUAUGGCUUGCCAUUCCCAAAGCAUCAAGCCCUUUGUGGAGAGCUUCCUGCACAUGGUGGCCAAGCUGCUGGAGUCCGGAGAGCCCAAGCUGCAAGUGUUGGGGACCAACUCGUUUGUGAAAUUUGCGAACAUUGAGGAGGACACGCCUUCCUACCACCGCCGCUAUGACUUCUUCGUCUCCCGCUUCAGUGCCAUGUGCCAUUCGUGCCACAGUGACCCGGAAAUACGGAAUGAGAUCCGGAUUGCUGGGAUCAGAGGCAUCCAGGGGGUGGUUCGCAAAACUGUGAACGACGAGCUCCGGGCCACCAUCUGGGAGCCUCAGCAUAUGGACAAGAUCGUUCCCUCUUUGCUUUUUAACAUGCAGAAGAUAGAAGAUGCCGACAGUCGCAAUGGGCCGCCUGCAUCUCCAACAGGAGGCGAUAAAGAGGAGGAUCCAGCUGUUCUGGCAGAGAACUGCUUCAGAGAACUCCUGGGCCGUGCAACCUAUGGAAACAUGAACCAUGCAGUCAGGCCAGUCUUCGCGCAUUUGGGGCAUCACAAGCUGUGGGAUCCCAAUGAGUUUGCUGUCCAUUGCUUCAAAAUCAUUAUGUACUCCAUCCAGGCACAGUAUUCCCACCACGUGAUUCAGGAAAUCCUGAGGCACCUCGACACCUGCAAACGUGCCUCUCCCCGCGUCCGGGCGGGCAUCAUCCAGGUCCUUCUGGAGGCGGUGGCCAUUGCUGCCAAAGGGUCCAUUGGCCCCACGGUCCUGGAGGUGUUCAACACGCUGCUGAAGCACCUGAGCCUCAGUGUGGACUUUGAGUUGGGCAGCCGCCGGGGCUCUGAAGGGAGCGCUGUCGACCUUUCCGUUCACUCCAAGGAGAACGACGAGAAGAUCGUGCAGAACGCCAUCAUCCAAACCAUUGGUUUCUUUGGAAGCAACCUCCCAGAUUACCAGCGCUCCGAGAUUAUGAUGUUCAUUAUGGGGAAAGUGCCUGUCUUUGGGAUGGUGUCACAAACGCUGGACACCAGUCAGCUGGGAGAACAGGGGACCAGGAGGAUCCAGAUCAUGUUGCUGCGGUCUUUGCUGAUGGUCACAUCCGGCUACAAUGCCAAAAGCAUGGCGACGGUCCUCUCGGCCCCGUUUCUGGACCCUUUGCUGUCCCCGUCUCUCACGGAGGACUGUGAGCUCCGGCAACUCGUCCUGGAAAUACUGCACAAUCUCAUUGAUCGUCAUGAUAACAGGGCAAAGCUUCGAGGCAUCAGGAUAAUACCUGAUGUAUCUGAUCUGAAGAUCAAACGGGACAAGAUUUCACGGCAAGAUGUGAGCUUCAUGAAGAAGCACGGCCAGCAACUGUAUCGCCACAUCUACCUGAGCUGCAAAGAAGAGGACAACGUGCACAAGAAUUUUGAGCUGCUCUAUACGUCCCUGGCGCUGAUCACAAUCGAACUGGCGAAUGAAGAAGUGGUCACAGACCUCAUCCGGGUAGCCAUUGCGUUGCAGGACACUGCCAUUCUUAAUGAGGACAACUUGCCAAUGUUCAGCCGCUGCAGCAUCAUGGCCCUGGUUGCCGCCUACCUGAAUUUCCUGAGCCAGAUGAUUGCCGUCCCUGCCUUCUGCCAGCACAUCAGCAAGGUCAUUGAAACUAGAACAAUAGAAGCCCCAUACUUUUUGCCAGAAACCGUAUUCCGAGACAAAUACAGUCUCCCCAAAACCUUAGACAAGGAUGACAAGACCUUGUUUUUCCUGACUCACAAGAUUGUGGAGUCCUUGGGUGGGAGCGGAUACAGCGUGGAGAGGCUCUCGGUGCCUUACGUGCCCCAGGUCACAGAUGAAGACAGGCUCUCCCGGCGGAAGAGUAUUGUGGACACUGUGUCGAUUCAGGUGGACAUCCUUCCUGGCACAGAGGACAAGGUCAACAACACGGAAGAAAUUACCUUCGAAGCUCUGAAGAAGGCAAUAGACAACACCGGCCUUGAAGAGCAGGAGAAGGAGAAGAGGCGCCAAGUGAUCGAGAAAUUCCAGAAGGCUCCCUUUGAAGAGAUUGCGGCGCAGUGCGAAAACAAGGCCAACCUCCUUCACGACCGGCUUGCGCAAAUAUUGGAGCUCACCAUUCGGCCUCCUCCCAGCCCUUCCGGCACGCUGACCAUCACCGCCGGACACCCCCACUAUCAGUCCGUUCCCGUCUAUGAGAUGAAGUUUCCAGAUCUUUGUGUGUAUUAAAGAGAAGCCUUCUAGCCUCUGCUGGGCAUGGCUUUGGGGCAUUCGAGCGCACUGCGUUGAGCCCGCUCACGAUGCAUUUGCAGCUCGGCCUUCACUCUUUUCUUUGCCACAUUUUACCAGAGCUUUGAGGGCCCAGCCUUGGUGCUUGAGUUGCAGAUUUUUCCUAGUUCUGUUCGUUCUGCUCUUGAUAUUGUGGUCGACGAUUUCACGACUCAUUUUUCUGUCCUCUUCGAAAGGGAAAACGGGCAGUGCAAUAGUGUCUUGCCAAAUAUUUCAAAGAAUAAGGCCUUUAAAAUAAACUAAGGCAAGCGUGGGCCAACUUGGGCCCUCCAGGUGUUUUGGACUUCAAUUCCCACAAUUCCUAACAGCCGGUAGGCUGUUAGGAAUUGUGGGAGUUGAAGUCCAAAACACCUGGAGGGCCCAAGUUGGCCCAUGCUUGUUCCAAGGCUCGAUAGGACUAAGCUUCAAAUCCUUGCGUUGUUUUCUCUCUUUGCAUCACACAUUCCUAAUGAAUUAUUGCCGUGAUUUACACAUGUUGCCGCUUUCCAUUCUGUGGUACUGAAAACCCUGAAGAUACAGGCCCUAAGUGUUGUUUUUGCCUCUCUUUUCAGUCGUUGCAAUAAUUCUGAAUGCAGCAAAACAUUGGUAACGUUUUUGACAUCCCAAAUACUUAGUCCGUGCCUCGUGCUUGGCAGGGAGGGAUGGGAAAUAGAUAUUUUUGCCGUGUCGCUUUUAGAAUACCUAAUGUGUAGAUAUAUAAUCUAUAUUUAGUACUCCAGAAAAAUACUAAGUGCAUUUGAAAAUGGGAAAUGAGGGUCUUUUAAAACUAGAUGUCGUCCAAACUUGUGUGAUCGAUCGCCCUUUGUAGCAUAGACUUUUUAGUACUGUUUUGUCAACUGAAAGGAAAACCUGUGGAUGGAACUUGCUGGGCAGGUUAGAACUUUUUUAUGAUUGUGUGUGCUUAGGAAUGUUUUGAUUCCAUUACAACUUCCUUGCAAUGUUUCUCUCUCGAGAAUGAUACACAGACUUGCAUAUCCCAGAUAAUAUGCUACUUGCGUGUAAACAAAGAAGGCUUAUACAAUGCCUUUAAUACUAGAAGCUGCUAUAAUCUCCCAAGUGUAGUAGCAGCAAAGUUUCGUUUCCAUCCACUCCACAAUUCCAAGGUAAGACUUUAAAAUAACCCUUCUCAGUAGAAUGAUAGCUGGAAAGUUUUAUUAGAUUUCUCAAUAUCUUUUUUGUCACCACGCUUGUGUGCAUUCCAUCAUGAGACGUACCCUGUUUCCCUGAAAAUAAGACACUGACUUAUAUUAAUUUUUGCUCCCAAAGAUGUGCUAGGUCUUAUUUUCAGUGGCUGUCUUGUUUUUCCAUGAAGAAGAAUUCACAUGUACAGUGUUCCCUCGCUACUUUGUGGUUCGCUUUACAUGGACUCGCUGUCUUAAGGAAAUAUUAAUAUAGCCAAUCUCCCAUGGAAGUUCCUGGACCAUUUGGACAGCAGGAAUGGUGUUACAGCUUCCGACUACCAGAGGGAACGUGCUUGCAAACAAAAACUUUGCUAGGUCUUACUUUCUAGGGAGGCCUUAUAUUCUCCCACACACUGUCUGGAGACCACAACAAUCUCCCAUGGAAGCUCCUGGACCAUUUGGACAGCAGGAAUGGUGUUACAGCUUCCAACUACCAGAGGGACUUGCUCCCAAACAUAAACUUUGCUAGGUCUUACUUUCGAGGGAGGCCUUAUAUUCUCCCACACACUGUCUGGAGACCACAACAAUCUCCCAUGGAAGCUCCUGGACAAUUUGGACAGCAGGAAUGGUGUUACAGCUUCCGACUACCAGAGGGACUUGCUCCCAAACAAAAACUUUGCUAGGUCUUACUUUCGAGGGAGGCCUUAUAUUCUCCCACACACUGUCUGGAGACCACAACAAUCUCCCAUGGAAGCUCCUGGACCAUUUGGACAGCAGGAAUGGUGUUACAGCUUCCGACUACCAGAGGGACUUGCUCCCAAACAUAAACUUUGCUAGGUCUUACUUUCGGGGGAGGCCUUAUAUUUAGCAA